AAUUUGAUAAUGGACAAUAUACUGCAAGUGACAACUAAUUCCACUGUCCUUAAGUUUCUCAUUGAAACUUAUUUGUAGUCAAUUUGUAGCUUUAUGAUUUAUGGCAUGCAAUUAUUUGUCAAGGCUGGAUUGCUUAUUGGCUGAAUCAUGAAGAUUUUACUGGUGUUGAAGGAUUUGAACCUAGACCACAUUGAUGGGAGACAGGUGCCAUCUGCUUUACUCCCCAGAGAUGAAUACCCCUCUUCAGAUGCUCACCACGUAACAACCACUUAACAAUUCAAAUGUUUUUAAAGUCAUUAUGCAUGGGGGGGAGGGACACAUUUGAACUGAAUGAGCCAUAAUUAGGGUUGUGGAUAUUGAAAACAGACUUCAUAUAUGGUAUACCUCAUUGUUAUUUUUUACAGGAAGCAAUAUCCCAAGUAAUGCCUCAUACCACAGCCACUGCAUUUGACUGUGAGUUUUCAGUACUUUAUGCUUUGCAUGUCUUUGCUUGUUUGUUGCUUUGUGUUCAAUUGCGUUUUAUUCUUUGGAAACUGGAAAAGCAACUGUUAUGUGAUGUGUACAAUAUUAUGAUGAUACAUGUACAUUUGACUUGUAGAGGUUUUAUGCAUAUGAUUAAUAAUUUAUCAUAUUAAUCUCCGUGCAGAUGAAGAUGAAGAAGGAGACAGAAUAACAGUUCGAGGAGAUGAAGAACUGCAGGCUAUGAUAAAUGGGGUAGGUUUUAAAAUUACUUCCAUUAGUAUCAUUAUCAUUAUCAUUAAAUCAUUAUUAGGUAUACUUGCUCAUGUAUGCUGUACAAAGUUGAAGACUUGUGUAAAUACAUGAUACCACUACAUGAUUGUAUUAUUGGGAUUGAAACAUUGGAUACAGACUAUAGAUAAUAUGUUACAGGUCAACAUUAAAUUCACCUCAAAAGUUUUUAACCUACAUGUAGGUAGAUUCUCAAUUUCAUUUGUCUCCAAGCCCUAAGCCAUGAAUAACAAUUAGGGUUAGGAGACAAAGGAAAUUGAGAAUCAUCUUAGGUUAAAAAAAUUAACCUGAAUAUAAUUUUGACCUGUAACAUUUAUAUUAGCCUGCAUGCAGACAAUAACUAAACUCUGACUAGUUAACCAGAGUUUAAUUUCGUACACGCGCAGGCUACAUUUAUGUAAGUAUUAUUGAUCAUUUCCUGAAAAUUUAAAUAAUCAUUCUCGUAAAAAUUAGUUUAUCUGUAUUUUCUCAGCAUCUUUGGAUGAAUUGUGAAAGGCUCAGAAGAGGAGUUACACUUGAGCCUUUAAUUGUCUAUCCAAAAGGUAAAUAUAAAUUACCAAUUUCAUGCAAUGGACAAGGUGUGGAUGCAAUGCUCAGUUUUCUUUUAGACUUACAGUAUGUGUACAUACAUGCCCACAGAAACGUGUAUUUUGUAUUAGUUAAUAUCAACUUAGUUAAUGAGUUUGCCUCCUUUUAGUGCCCAAUCUAUCAGCAAGCUUGUUAACCUAUAAGUAACUAAAACAGGAAGUACAUUUAAAUAUGAGACUUGCAGUUUGAUGGGUUGCACUAAUUAUUUACACCCAUAAAGUAAAUCCUACUAGAGUUACAUUUUUGUAUAAUAGUCUGUCAUUUUGUAUUUUCAACUGUUUCUUGCAAAACUGUCAUAUCAUGACUGUAGCCUUACCACACAUUUCUAAGAGUGGAAACCUAAAACUGGCCAGAAUAAUAUAAUGCGGCUGUAAAGCUUCAAGACAAACAAGAAUCAGCAAACCAACAGCUUUAAAGUUUUAUCACUACUGGUCACAGAGUACAUGUAGUUAUGAGUCAUGUGAAAAGUAGAAUUAAUGUUAAACAAAAAUCCAGAGGAAGUCAUUAUUUUGUUAUAUAUUUUGGACCAGCUUGCAGGACUUCAAGGAGAAGGAAUUUCUGUGGACUCACUGUAAGCAGACACGUAUUUACUUGUAUUUAUUUAUUUAUUAACAGGGGAAGUAGUCGUCAUAAGGCUUCACAAUCAGUAAUGAAAUAAUCUAAAAUGUAUUACAAGAAGCAAAUCUUAAAAGACAUCUAUUUUCAAAACCAACUUAAAUUCUUCAGUUUUUACUUAGGGAGUUUGAAGUCAUGAGCCCUAUCUCUAAGAGCCCUAUACUAUUUAAUAUGUUUUAUUCAUAGCUUAUUCAUUCAUUAAUUUAUUAGUUUAUUUUGUGCUGUCGAAUACAGUUUGAUAAGGCCAAGGAAUAGGGGCAACAAGACAGUGUUCUAGCCUAUUCAAAGAUAUCACACUAACCUUGUUCUAGCCUAUUCAAAGAUAUCACACUAACCUUGUAAUGAUAUUUUUACAACAUUGUAGGUUAACACAAGAGCUGCCCCAGUAAACAAUACAGUACCUACGGCCGCAAAGCGUGUUCCUGAUGUGUAAGUUGAAAAAUGUUUUAUUAAUUAAGCGUGAAAAAGGGUCCGUCGUUCAGAAAGUAUUUUUUCCUGUGUCGUAGCAUCUUUUAUUGCUUUAUGGGCCAGUCAUAUAACUUAGACAGUUUUGAAUAGACAGAGGAGACUGAUGUAAAAGAAAAUGCUUUUUAUCAAGCCUAGAUACUGUUCUCAUUUUUAGAUGUUUGGAAUGUUUUAUUUCUGAUAUGAUAAUAUAAAAACUUACAAGCAACACUGUAGCUUGGCUGUCUGUAGUCUGCUCUGCAGCUGUUCUUUGUGUUGUCACACAACGCUCCUCCCUUUGUAGGGAGGAGUGCUGCAUGAUGACACAAAGAACAGCUGUGAAGAAGACUGGGCAAUCUGCUGAAGAUGUUUAUCUUUUUCUUCCUUGUCCUUGGUGUCCUUACUCUCCUUUUGCUGUUUAUGUAGAUUGCACAACUCAGAACACGGCGAUAUAAGGAGUAUUUUAUCCAAUGGCCAGGUAUUUAGUGGCGUAUUAGUAAAUGGUACAUGUACAUUCUCUAAGAGGUACAUGCAUUUAUUUUUUUCUCUUGUUCCUACAAUUUUGCAUUAGCUACACUCUACUUUGAUAGAUUUUUAAAAGUUGGGAACACACGCACGGUAGCAACAACUGCACCACUAUUGUGGCAUAUCUAUAUCUAUUUCUUAUUCUCUCUUUUAGUCAUACCUUCAAUCAUUAAUUGUCAUCGUCGGGCUUGAUCUAUCAAAAGAACCAAACCAAUCACAGCACUUGUAGCAUUCACAUCAUUGUAUAACUCAUUAUAAUUAUAAGGAUGUUCCGGUAUUGAGAAUUUAGACUUUACUUUAUAGUAUUGUAUGCUAAUUUGAAUGACUCAACAACUCUUUUGUUAUUAUCCAUAGGUUUCCCAUACAGACAUCCAGCAUCUAGACAUUUUAGGUCAUGGAAAUGGAGGAACAGUUUACAGGUUUGUAUCUUGUUGUUCCACUCAGUUAUGUGAGUUUAACUCGCAUACAUUUAGCAAAGUGUAAAGUCUGAAAAAGAAACAGUAGCUUUAAACGUUUUGCACUUUUAACUCAUGUUAAUUUUUUCAUCUCUUGAUUUUAGGGCCUUACACGCAAGCACAAACAGAAUUAUUGCAGUUAAGGUACUCGGACUUUCGGACUUCGCGUAGAAUGCUGUCGUUUCUAACAAAUCACUGAAAAAAGUCUGACCUUCGAAGUGUUGAUAUUCUGCUGUUUAGCUCUAUUCACCAAUCAAACGACGAUCGAACAGGUUGACGUUUUCUCCACGUGCAACUCUCAACCUUAUCCCCAGGUUGUCAAGUUUUCUUGUCUUAGUCCCAGAGCGCGCGAGCUCGCGAGCGAGCGAGAUAGACUGGGUAAAAAGGGAAAACGAGAGACCCUGCAAGGCUUCACACCCCGCUCAGGAAAGGUUGGCCACAUCACCAGGGUCUAAUACGCCCUUACUCUUUUUAAACAGUGAUGUGGGUUCUUUACAACCAACAAUAACCAGAUAAGUGAAAAGUACUGUGAGACGGGACCUAUGGAUUUUAGAGUAGAAAGUCUAACCGUUUGCAGAUGUCAUAACAAAGACAGCACUUUCUUCUCAGUUAUUUAAAGACCCUGAGUGUUGGUCCGGCCUGGGUAUGAACCAGCGACCUCCCGCUCAGCAGACGUGCGCUCUCCCAACUAAGCUAACCAGGCGGCGGUUAUUAAAUUGUCAUUUGUAACUCAAUCUCUGGUGCUUGCUUGUAGGUUAUUCCUUUAGAUGUAACUCCAGAUGUACAGAAGCAGAUUAUAUCAGAACUGGAAAUACUUUUUCAGGUAAACGCUUGGACUGAUGCAGUACGAUAUAGCGAUAACUGUUUGUAUGUUUCUUCGUCUAUUUUUGGCACCUUUUUCUUAUUUUGGCUUUGUAGCACUAAUCUGAUUUGGCGCGUAUAGAUUGAGGUCUGUUCUAUUCUAUUCUUUUAGCAGUGUUGUUCAUUAAUUUUUUGGUUUCACCGUUAUUUUAUUCCCUCUUUUUAGUGUUCGUCACCCUUCAUAAUUGAAUUUUACGGAGCAUUUUUCGUAGAAAAUAGGUUGGUAUAACCUAAAUUGACACUCUACUCUUACAGAUUGGUUUCUGUUAACUCAAUAAAGAUAUGCUGAAUCCUCAACUGACUGAUUAAUAAGCAUUGCAUUCUUUGAGAAAUUUUGAGUUUUCACAAACAACAUUGCAAAAAACUUCGUUGAGCGAUCGUCACGCUAAAAUCAGUAUCAGUUGUUAGAUUUGGACCGUGACGGGAGGAAAGUAAACAUGUUUUAUGACUCAAGAUUCUCCUAUGAUCAUUAUCUUCUUGAGGAGAGGGAAACUGUUGAAAUUCUACUGAAUGUUCCAAAUAAAUCUUUUUUUUUUUCGUAAUACAUUAAACUUACAGCCUCUGUUGAUUUGCUUGCACUAGUAUUUAACGCGUACGCAUGCGAAACAAAUAAAUUGAGGGUUAAUGUCUUGUUCUUUUUUUUCUGCAGAAUAUCUAUUUGUACAGAAUAUAUGGAUGGUAAGAAUACCCUACAAUUCGUUGAAUAAAAUACUGAAAUCGUUUGCCGUAUUUGCUGCAUUUUUAUACAUUAUUAUCUCUUGUUAUCAACUCAGUUGAAAUAACCAAUUUUAGGUAAAUUUGUUUUCGGCAUUUUUUUUUUUCUUCGGCAAUUAUUUUGAUUACUUCGUGUAACCUGCACUGGACAUUUAUUCUCCUUUUUUGAAGCUUUGUUGAGUGUGUGGACUGAGGUCUGAUGUAUCAAAGAAAUAAGACAACAAAUCGACCAAAAAUGAAAAUGUUGAAAGGUACUAAUGCAACGUUUACCCUUUUUUGUCUGUAGGAGGUUCGCUUGACAUGUACGGCUGCAUACCUGAACCUGUAUUAGGAAGAAUUGCAGUUUCAGUAAGUAAACAACAACAAUAAAAAUAUUUGUUUGGGUCCUUUUUAUGUUAUUCCACGCAUGAGGCCUUUUGUAACAUGAAAACAGGAAAAAAGAAUGCUUUACUCUGCAUCCGAACAUUGUUGGCUUAAUCAUGCAGCCAAAUCGCUCUUAGCAAACUCGUCUGUAAUACGGAAAACACCUCUGUGUUAUGGAAAGCUCACUUGGUUCCAAAGAUAUUAAGCUUUGCCCCUUCGACGUUCGUAGUAACGAGCUUUUACUGUGAGUCAAUUCAAAUGUAACAAAAAAUCUGACAUAAUUAACUCUUUCACUCCUAGUGGUAGCUAGAAGAAAUCCCCAAAAAAUCGAGUUUCGUUUUGUCAAAUGGCCUAAAAUGAUAACAGUAUUAUGCAAAAGUUCUACAGAAAAGUUGCCAUUGAAUGGUGACACCUCAGCAUUUCGUCAACGUACUAUAGUUAGAAAUAAGGCGAUGUCCAUUUACCACAAGAUUCCGGAAAAUUCCAGUUUGGAUGUAUUAAAAUGGAAUACAUGUUUUGGUAGUCUGCUACACAGCCGUUUUAGUGUCAUCACGCAAUGGGAGGAGCGUUGCGUGACGACACUAAAAACGGCUGUGUAGCAGACUAAUGUUUUGGGGGCUUUUUACUGGAAAAUUAUUGGGAAUAUGGUAGUAUGGUAGGACUGUUUGGAAACUUCUGCAGUUGAAACUUGUGUUGCAUUCAUGAGAUUGGACAAGCGUUCACCAGUUCUCUAUUCUGAAUUGAGAUGGGGAAGGAAUGCAACUUGUCUCAAAUGGAACACUUUCUUCACUCUAUUGAGAUUUCCCGUCUAAAAUGUUUUAGUGCAGUUAAAAAAACGCCCAUAAUCUCGCCAUAACCUGGUUUAGGUGGUUAAACUAAGCUAUCGAAAUGCCAUGGGAAUGUAUGGGUAUUUUUAGUUGCAGAUAAAUCUCUGAAAAAGUUGUUUUUUUUCUUUUUCGUUGCAGGUCGUCAAAGGGCUUCGAUAUUUGUGGGAACUGAAAAUAAUGCACAGAGGUAAGGAUAUGAAUUAAGAUUUGACAGUAUUCAUUCAUAUGAGUGACGUUUUCUGGAUCAAUGUGAAUUAAGCGGUUAGACAUCUGAUGCGUGGACUAUUUAUACGUAAAAUCUGGAAAAAAAGUGCCCUUUGAAAAAUAAAGAGUAUUAAAAUUUGUUAAAACCGUUUUGUAACAAAAAACAUCGAAUCAAAACAAGCUAUAUGGAUAAACGGGGGUAAUUGCUGCCCCACCCAAAAUUCGGAAAGUUUUCUCUGUUAUCAUAAGGUACUCUUUUUCUAAGAUACGCUCGGUAACCCUUUCAUGUAUUUGGUGUGUUUCAAUCAUACGGAUGGCCAUCUUUUUUUCAGACGUGAAGCCCUCCAAUAUUCUCGUAAGCACUAGAGGACAAGUGAAGUUAUGUGACUUUGGUGUCAGUCGACAGGUAUGUUGUUAGUGGGCUUAUAAGUUGCCUUCCGCCUUACUCUAUAUGCUAUUAAUCACUGUGUUACAGCGUACAUGCAGAACCGAAAAAACCUGAUUUAUAGCUUGUCAAGUUAUGUUAACGUUUUGUUUUCCCCGAGUGAGUUACUUUCUUGUCUUAGUUAAUGAUUUAGUUAGAAGAUGACUUGCCUGGACCCUCUCAUAGGGCAAGUGAGUAUGAAAAGUUGCUUGUCCAGGAGGAAAAUAGACCUUUAGAUUCUAAGACGAGUACGACUUCGAAGAUGAGAUUUUCUCAAUAAUAAGUCGUGCGCGCGUGAACCAGCGUUAUUUUGGCGGGAAAACUUGUUAGCCGUCGUCACUCUACUACGAGUUUUAGCGAGAAUGUCGUAAUGGCGGAAACGAGUUAUCAAAUGUUAGAAGUUUUAUAAUUUUGCGAUCGAGAGGGGGCUUAACCUGACCUCCUUCAACAUAGAUAACAGUACUAUCUUUUCUGAUGAAAAAAAGUACAAUGAAGCUUUCCGGAGUGUCUAUCUUUUGAGAAGAAGCGAAAAAAACUUGAAGUUAAAUGUCGUUCUCGUAAUCGUUCUCGUCCUCAAAUCUAAAGGUCUCUAUUGUGUACUUUUGCUGGACGAGACUUUUUUCGAGCCCUGAUAUGAAGGAUUUCUCGGUCUGCAUUUAAAUGGAAGCAAAGAGUCAGUCUUUCAUCCGAUUUUUUCUUAGUUACACGCAAUACAUGUAUGACAAUGUAAAGUUGGUUAACUAUUUUUUGCAACUUUCUUUUUUCUUUGACGUCAGCUCGUCAAUUCAAUAGCAACUACUUAUGUUGGAACUCAUGCUUAUAUGGCGGUAAGUUAGUCAUGGUUUCUUAUCUGUUAAUUUGACGUUUUUCAAUGUAGCCUAAAAUAUGAAUUUAAGCAAUAGAAAGCGUUUUCCGUGUUUGCAUAGCCUGAUAUAAACACGAGAGGGGUUGGAAGAAUUCGAGACAGUUAUGCAGACCCGAGACGAAGUCGAGGGUUUGCAUAACUGUCGAGAAUUCUUCCAACCCCUCGAGUGUUUAUAUCAGGAUAUGCAAACACAGGAAAAAAGUUUUCUAUUGCUUUUAUAGAAUAACUUUCCCGAGAAAAAAAAAGCAAAAUGCUCUUGGUAAGAGCAUUGAUUAAAAGAGAAAUUCUUACCAGUCGCGAAGUCUUGUACACGAAGCUUGUACGCGUAAUCAGUCUUUGUUCUGCAAAAAAGAUGCUUUCCAAAAUACGGGUUUUUCUCGCUUAAAAUGUCAGCUCGAGCGAAAACAAAUUGACGCAGCAUGUUUCCAAAGAUUUUCCAAGUUUCGACCGACGAGGAAAUGGGUAAAUAAAGUCAACUUGUCGAGGUUUUCAACUUAAAACCUUUUUCAAAUUCGUGCUUGCGUGAUAAGCGCGCGGAAAGCCAAACAAAUUGGCGUCACAACCAUGUUUACAUACUCUCAUGUAAACACGCCUCUCGGCAAAUCAGAGCGCGCGUAUUUUCUUAGUUAUUUUAUAAAGUUUAAUGGUUAUUGUCAAAAAUAUACGAAGUCUGCUUGUUUCUAUGUCCUAUGCAGCCCGAACGCAUUCUGGGAGAUGAAUACAGCAUUCGAUCAGAGCUAUGGAGCCUGGGAGUUUCUCUACUUGAGGUAAAAAAGCACCGAAACACCAGUGGUAUAGGAUUAAAGGGUUAACUAUCUUACCCAAACCUUUUAAUUCUACAUUUACAUUUUCUUACGUCUAAUGGGAUGAUAUAAAAUGCACUGAAAUCAAUUAGGGGCAGUUAGUCUGGAAGACGACAUCUUCUGUCGUCUUCACUAGCUGUCCCUCUGUCCCCGUGGAUUUAUACUUUAACUUGGUUUUUUUUCUUGUACAGUAGGAAUCCGGUCGAACUCGGAACUCGAACUCCCCGCUAACUCAAAUAAAGGCCCUGGUUCUUACAAUUCGCUACGAAUGCCAUCCCAUUAGCUCCUCUUUCCUCAGUGUAAUCUGACUUACUCUACAGCAAUUUGUUUUUGUACAACGAACAGAUCACAUAUUUGACAGCCAUUUCCCAUUAAUAGCAUAAAAAAGCAUAGCCGUUUUACAGUUUCUGAAUGGAGAUAUUUAUUUGCAUUUUACUGUAUGCUGAAGUGCUGUAAUAUCAGCAAACUAUCAAUUAUAUAAGGACAUCGAUAACUCGAACCUCCGCUAGCUCGAGCUGUUUUUCAUUUCCCUUCAGAGUUCAAGUUACCGGGGUUCUAUUGUAAAUAGUACUUAAUUACAAGCGUCGUCAUAAAAAACCUCUUACAAAGAGUUUGAUCAGUUAAACGUGACGCCAAUGCACCUUUACCAGAUAAGGGCAUUAAAACUAAAAAGCAUGCUGUUUUUACCUGGUUAACGCCUUUUUCCAAUGCUAAAUCAACCAAAGCUACCGAUAGUUCAGUAGUUUCAUGCAUGGCUAUUCUAAGCGUAGUGAGGAGGAUUUUAAAGCAAAAUUUUCUACGAUGGCUCUUUCUACUCCAUUGAUUUAAAAUCUGCUGGUUAAAAUUAAGUCUUUUGUGCAUUUCCUUUGCAGAUGGCCUUAGGAAGAUUUCCUUAUCCAACAGUAAGGACAAUUAUUUUUUUUAUUUAUUCUGUCUUGUUGUAGUUGUUGUUGUUUUUCUUUUUUUUCUCUUUUCCAGUGUUAAUCAAUUAUUUCGCAGAGGCGCGAAAUCGUUUCAAUGUUCUAGUUUAUCAUUAGCAUUUAAUAACAUACAAUCCGUCUCGAACAUAAUGUUGCAAUGUUGAUGUGACGUAUAAUUGUUUUACAGGAAAGUCAUGGAGGCGCUGAAACCUUUCUGGUAAACUCUUUUUAUUUGUAUUAUUUAACUAUAUACAGUAUUUUUUCUAAAUGCUUUGUUGAAAGGUAAAUACGGAUAAAAUUAGAGGAAAGAAACAAUUACGUUUCAACGUUAAACCCAAGUCUGUUACAGAAUGUUGCUUUUUACUUAAUAUCUGUACUUUACGAUUCCGUUUAUCUUUCAGCCUAUCGCACUUCUUCAGUGUAUCGUACAUGAGGUAAGUCAAAUUUAUUUCGCUUUGCCCUUGUUCCUUGGUACUUAAGGCUUUGAUCUCUUUCUAAUACAAAAUGAACUAAGCUAUAAAAGAUAAAAUAAUCCUCACGGUGAUUAUGCAAAUGACCGUUGUCGGGUUACGAAACCUCCCCCUUUAAUAAUCAGGGUAAGUGCAAAACUUUUCAUGAGUUUUCUUUGUAUUUUUUAGAAUA